AUGGCAGGCCCCAAGGAAAAUGGCCUCUUCACACCCAACCCCUACCAUAUCCCCGGCUACGAGGGCUUCAUCCCUCAGUACAACUAUCGCUUCGGAGAAACCUUCGGCAGAACCACCCACCGGCUGCUGACGGACCCCGCGGUGGCGCGGAGCCCCCGCUCCCUGCUGGCUCCUCUGCAGAAGCAGAAGUUCAUCGAGGACUUCAGUGGGACCCGCUCUGCUGUCCAGCGUUACCUGCCCGGGCAGCCAGCACCCUUUCCCUAUGAGCAACCUGGGGCUGUGACCAACUUCCCUGACCCGGAGCAGGGGCCAAACCCUGCCCUGCUGGGGCCGCGGCCGGAGGAGAAGGAUCGGAGGAUGAUGACAGACAUGGACCACAGGCACCAGCAGCACCCUGGCCAGUACACCCCGGGGACACGACUGCCAGCCAGGACUCCGUGGCAUCCCAGCCCUGGGGGGCACUUCCUUGAGACAUCCCCAGCCUGGGGGCAGGGACCUGGCCAGCUGGGUGGUGCCUUGGUGGGCAGCCAACUGCCUGUGAGAACAGGAGGUGUGACUCUGCCAGGAAGGGCUCGAGCUGUGGAUGAGGAAGAUGGUUGGUUACCUAAACUGGAGGUGCCACGAGCCAUUCAACAGAAAGUCAUUACAGGAUAUGCUGGAUUCAUCCCUCGCAUCAUCUGGUUUCCUGGCCUGAACUACAUCCAGGGUGUGAAGGAAGCCAUGAAGGAAUUUGACCAACUUCAGUUUAUGGAAAGAAACCCAGCAGGCACCUUUGGCAAGAGGUUCCCCAAAACAUACUGGCCCAACAACAAGAUCUACACCAGCUCUGGGCUGAUCCCCUGCUACAGCGGCUUCGUUCCGGCACUCCGGCACACCUACGCGCUGACUUAUGGGAACAGCACCCGAAAAGCCUACCAGAAUGAACAAAGGAGACGAGCUGGUGCACUGUGAAAAAUGCUUUAAUGGUGCCUGUACAGCAUCAGAAGUGACUUGGAAACAGGAAAAGGAACACAACACGGACAGAGAAGUUCAGAAUGAAAGAGUUCGUACAGCUUUAAACAAAAUUUACACGUGCUCAUCAGCUGCAUAGCUUUUACUCUGCCUCUUCCUCCCCCUCCUCCUCAAACUCCCCCUCCUCCUCAGCUGUGGCGUCCUGGUACUGCUGAUACUCAGACACCAGGUCGUUCAUGUUGCUCUCAGCCUCUGUGAACUCCAUCUCGUCCAUGCCCUCACCAGUGUACCAGUGCAGGAAAGCCUUUCUGCGGAACAUGGCGGUGAACUGCUCAGAAAUGCGUUUGAACAGCUCCUGGAUGGCUGUGCUGUUGCCAAUGAAGGUGGCAGACAUUUUCAGGCCACGAGGUGGAAUGUCACAGACGGCUGUUUUAACGUUAUUAGGGAUCCAUUCUACAAAAUAGCUGCUGUUUUUGUUCUGAACGUUCAGCAUCUGCUCGUCCACCUCUUUCAUGGACAUGCGGCCCCUGAAGACGGCGGCCACCGUCAGGUAGCGGCCGUGGCGGGG